ACGGAUGCUUCCGCAUCUGCUGAAUUAUCUGCUGUCGUCGAUGAGCUACUAAACUCUCUGUCAAAUAAGUUUGCGGGUGUGUCGAGCGAGAUCUUCGCGAAGAUGGACGAGAUGUCGAGACGGCUGGAUAAUCUGGAGGCUACAUUACAAAGCGGUGCUGAAGGCAAGGAUGGGAGAGGCAGUCCUACGAAGCAGUAG